UCUGGAGCCGGCGUGUCGGCGUGUGCGGCUCUUUCUGGGUGAGAGGAAACAGCGGCGUCCUGCCCUCGGCCUGAGCGAUGCUAAGAAGCUGCGCUACGCGCCUGCGCGCUCUUGGUGUCCCGCCUGCGAGGAGGCCCGGAGCAGUGUGGAGGUUAUUUUCCUCUGAGAAAAUCAUUCCCAAGGACUACGGUCUCCCAAACCCCAGUUGGAGCAAGGACCUGAGACUCCUCUUUGACCAGUUCAUGAAGAAAUGUGAAGAUGGCUCCUGGAAACGUUUGCCUUCAUACAGACAAAGUUCUACUCAAACCCUUAAAAACUUUCAAACCCGUUUUGUUGACCCCAGGUUUAUGAAUGAAGAACAAAUGUCAAAGGCCCAACAGUUCAGCAGAAGCUUAGAGGAAGGCCUGGGCUUUGAGUAUGCGUUGUUCUAUAAUAAAGUGGAGAAGAGGAUGGUUUGCUUGUUUCAAGGAGGUCUUCACCUGCAAGGGGUACCUGGAUUUGUUCAUGGAGGUGCCAUUGCAACCAUCAUUGAUGUUACUACUGGCACGUGUGCAUUUGCUGAGGGAGUUGCCAUGACAGCCAACCUCAACAUCAACUAUAAAAAACCUAUCCCCCUUGGUUCUGUUGUGGUGGUAACCAGCCAACUCAGUAAGACUGAAGGAAGGAAACUUUUUAUUUCCUGUACUGUUCAGAGUGUUGAUGAGAAGACGUUAUACACACAGGCAACAGCUUUAUUUAUAAAACUGGAUCCUGACAAACGUUUGACAUAAAGAACUUCUGUUGAACUCCACACUGUUAUGCAUGAAGUCCCCAACCCAAGCAGCACCGGUCUCUACUCCUGUCCCAGCUGCUGAACCCCCAGGGGAAAACCUGCUCUCACGGACCCUUCAGAACAGCCUCUAAAACCCAGGGCUGCAGGAACUCGCUGUCUGCCUUCCAGACUUUUCAUAAGAAGCACUCCCUGGAAGAGUCUCAGCAGUCAUGUGUCCCUAGGACAAAUGUCCUGAAAUAUGAACAGACUUCAAAGCUGACAACCCUAGUACCUGCUCCACUGCAGACUGCAGCAAAGGAUUGCACUGAAACUUACUGCAAACAUGGAAAUGGAGUGGUGUGUGUGAAGUGUACGUGUACACGAGCACAGACUGCGUGUUACAAAGAGAGGUUUGUUGUUUGUGAACAAAUAUCUUUCUGGCCACCUUAGGGAACACAGCUCAUUCCUAUGGGAAUGGAUCCCACCUCUCUGUUGUCUAGGGUUCUAGUGAUUAAACUGUUGUUCAUUUUUUCCUCAA